AUGAACUUUAUCGAACUACACUAUGCGCUUGAAUACUAUUUUGCAACAACAGAACUUCACGAAAAGGAUACUUUGAAUUAUUUUGAAAAGUGCUCGAAACCAAACGAUAUUAAAGCUAUUAUCAAAAAAGUAAUUAAAGUUGAUAAAGAGAAAGACACAUUAAGACAGUUUAAAGCUCUUCUGUUGUUCCACCUUCUUUCUCAAACAGACAAUUCACUUGUGUUUGAAAGAGUAACAAAUAUUGAGAUACAACUAGACAGAUCACUUAAAUUGACGUUUGAACCAAACACGACACAUCUUUCGUAUUGGGGAGAACUUUAUUCGGUACUUCUCCAAAAGAUCCUUCAAUUCCAUAAAGACUAUUCUUUUUUGACUGGAUAUUUCACUGUCAAAAACGAUGAACCUCUUCCAAAACAAUUCAGAAUAUCACAAGUCAUCGAACAACUUGAAGGUGACGUCUUCGUACUCUACGAAGCUAUAAGUUAUUUUGUUACUGAGUGUUUUGAAAAAAAGGUUGAGAACACCUAUCUCCAAAAAGCUGUUGAGUACUUCAUUAUAGAUAUGGUACACAUCUAUGAACUUAUUUUAAAUUUGGACAACUAUUACUCGAUAAUAAAUGGGACUCCAAUCAACACAGAGAAGUCUAAAUUGUGUUUGAGACAACUUACUUAUAUCAAGAAUGAGAAAAACACAAAAAUAGCAAUCAACAAAAUACUUAGAAAAUUGUCUCCAAUCGAAGAGUUCAAAAAGAACGCUGUGAAACUCUCAUCUUUCAAAAAGCAAUUUCCGUUGCCAACGCCAAGCUCAAAGGUGUAUACAACAGACAAUGUUUUUCCUGAAGACCAAAAGUGUCAAGAAGUAUUUUGUAACUCUUUGAUAGAUGGGUAA